AUGCUUUUCAAGAGACACUGGGAGAAUUGGUUAGUAGUGCAGCACGUCAAGUCACCUGUUGAAUUGGUUUUUAAAGGACCGAAUGCGAUACCACCCAUUUCUUUGUCAACCCUGAUAGACAGGUAUGUGCCAGAGUUCUCGGAUGGUGCCAGGGAUAAACUCAGUGCAUUACUAUUUAAUGGUCACUUACAAACAUCUUUUACAGCAUUGAAGCAUUUUGAAAACAUUGAUCAAAUUAACUAUAAAAGACUGAUAGUACAGUAUCCCGACAAGGGAGAGGGUGCUAUUGAUAUCGCGGUAGCUAUUCAUACCCCCUCCACGUAUGUUCCUCCAAACCAAGCCCCAUUUGUGCCACCAUUAGAUGCUCAUUAUUCAUAUUUUGAGUCCGAAGACCUCAGUUUACCUUCACUGGAUGAUAAACCAAUGCUAAUUGCGAUACAUGGGUUAACUGGUGGAUCUCAUGAAAGUUAUGUACGAACAAUAGUUCAUAAAUUAACGACUCUCCAUGGGUUUGAAGCGUGCGUGAUAAAUUCCAGAGGUUGCUGUCAAUCCAAAAUUACAACACCCCAACUAUACAACGGUGGCUGGACCAACGAUGUUAGACAUUGUGUCAAAGAAUUGAGGUCUUUGUUCCCAAAUAGAAAGUUUUACAUGAUGGGCUUUUCAUUAGGUGCUUCAAUAUUAACUAAUUACAUAGGUGAAGAAGGUGCACGCUCCGAUAUUGAAUGCUGCAUUGUGUUGGGAAAUCCGUGGGACCUACUUAGAUCAUCCUAUUUCAUAAACGCUUCAACUUUUGGGUCGAAAAUAUAUUCUCCUACCAUGGCCAAUAAUUUAUGUAAACUUGCCGUUCGACACUCUUACGCUUUGAAAGACUGCCCACUGUGGGAAGAUAAGUUUCAACAAAAAAUAAAAGCUGUUCGAACGAUCAAACAAUUUGAUGACACAUUUACGGGACCGAUGUUUGGAUAUAAGGAUGCGUUCGAAUACUACGGAAAUGCCUCCUCGUUUAAAAGAAUUGAAGGAAUAAGAACCCCAUUUUUAGCAAUCAAUGCUAUAGAUGAUCCAGUUGUAGGCGGCCAAGAACUACCAGAUGCUGAAUUUCGUGAAAAUCCAUAUACAUUGAUGCUGAAAACAAAUAUAGGGGGACAUAUUGCAUGGUUGAAGAACAAAAAUGGCAUGAGAUGGUAUGCAGACCCAAUAUGUAAAUUUCUCAGAGCUUUUCAUACUGAAAUUACUUUAAAAAAAAUGAAACCAUGUCUCGAUUCUAAAGACUUGCCCAAAAUUCAAUAUGGUCCCGUGAAAACCAGUAUCCUAGAGUGGUCUGUAAAUAAAUAA